CAAGCCCAAGAAGAAGUUCGCUUCUUAGUUGAACCUGUACAUAAUUUCCAAUUUUCAGUUUCUGUACCGCCCGCCUUGUUCAAAGUCUUCGACUGCAAGUUUCUUCCGCCAUUAAAUGGAGUAAAAAGGCUCUCGCUAUAGAACGAGCCCGUCGAGAAGACGCUGUUACACCGAGAAUUCUGGUGUCAUUUGGCUUUCUCGAUAAUAUUUUUUCUUGAGUACCUGUACCCUCCUCUCCACAGCCACAGGGAUGGGUUCUAAUUCGGAUUCGAAAUCGAGAAGAAGUUUCAAUUCGAUUUUACCAAACCCUUGUUCCAGCAACCACAGCACUGAUGGCAACAAGUCAAGUAAGAAGAGGAAGACUACCCAGAAAACCCUAGGGAUGGCUUGGGGCGCAAAUUCUCGCUCGUCAUCUGACUCCCUUUUCUGCAAUUCGCCUUUCUCUGAUUUUGGCAGUUACAUGGCAGUGAAGAAUCAGAAACUGCACCAACAGUUCAAUGCUGCUGCUUCAAGUUCAUCUAACAGUGGGCCCAGUUGUGCCAAUCCUAUAUUUACUGGGGUUUCAAUUUUUGUUGAUGGAUAUACUGUCCCUUCAAAUCAGGAGCUUCGAAGUUACAUGCUGAAGUAUGGAGGACGAUUUGAAAAUUAUUUUUCUAGGCAUCUUGUUACACACAUAAUAUGCAGUAAUCUCCCUGACAGUAAAAUCAAGAAUUUGAGGGGAUUCAGUGGUGGCCUUCCAGUUGUUAAACCUGCUUGGGUGCUGGAUUCCGUUGCUGCUAAUAAACUUCUUAGUUGGGUUCCUUACCAACUUGAUCAACUUGCUGUUGGAAGUGAUAACCAACCAAAAUUGGCUGCUUUUUUCACUCCAAAAAACAGUGGGGGAUCUGAAAUAGUGUAUCAGUGUGUCGAUGGUCCAUCAUUUCCUAAGUUGAACUCUGGUCAAUCUAAAGAUUGUGCAGCUGUAGAGCAAACAGGCAAUUGCACUGCAGAACCUGGUGACCUUUUGCAAAUCAGCAUCAAUAAAGUUAUGGCUGAUGAGCCAGCUAGUAGUAUAGAAAGUUCCUGUGAGGGGAACAGUGGGAAAUUGAGUGAUUGUCCUCCUUUAGAUGGGCAGGCUACUGAUGAGUCUGGUUCAUGUCAUGCUUCCACUUCAAGGAUCAGUUUGCCUUCCAAACGUUGCCAUUCAACCCUGACAGAUCCCAAUUUCGUGGAAAAUUAUUUCAGGAAUUCCAGGCUGCAUUUUAUUGGAACAUGGAGAACGAGAUAUCGUAAGCGCUUUCCAAGCUUGUCAAGAGGAUUUAAUUGCAGAAAUUCUCAUCUCAAUACUGAUAGAGUGAAUAAGACUGCCAUUAUACAUAUAGACAUGGACUGCUUUUUUGUUUCUGUGAUCAUCAGGAAACAUCCUGAGUUACUGGGCAAACCUGUUGCUGUUUGUCAUUCAGAUAAUCCUCGUGGUACUUCUGAAAUUUCAUCUGCAAAUUAUCCUGCUCGAGAUCAUGGAGUAAAGGCUGGAAUGUUUGUGAAAGAAGCCAAGCUUCGCUGCCCUCAGCUUGUAAUUGUUCCAUAUGAUUUUGAAGCUUAUGAGAAGGUUGCAGAUCAAUUUUAUGACAUUUUGCACAAGCACUGCAGCAAAGUUCAGGCUGUCAGCUGUGAUGAAGCAUUUUUAGAUAUCUCUGAAUCAGAAGAGGGUGACCCUCAACUUUUAGCCUCAACAAUCAGAAAGGAGAUUUUUGAAGCUACAGGAUGCACUGCAAGUGCAGGAAUUGCAGGGAAUAUGCUUUUGGCCUGCCUCGCCACAAAAACUGCAAAACCAGAUGGCCAAUUUCAGAUACAUCCUGAAAAGGUUGAGAGUUAUUUGUGCACACUUCCAGUGAAGAUGCUUCCUGGUAUAGGACAUGUUUUGGAAGCAAAAUUGAAGGAGAAAAAAAUUAAAACCUGUGGUCAGUUGCAGUUGAUCACCAAGGAGUCUCUUCAAAAGGAUUUUGGGAAAAAAACUGGAGAGAUGCUGUGGAACUACAGUAGAGGGAUAGACAACCGACUUGUUGGCGUGAUUCAGGAAAGCAAGUCCAUUGGUGCUGAAGUAAACUGGGGUGUGAGAUUCAUGAAUUCAGAUGAUACUCAGCAUUUUCUCAUGAAACUGUGCAAGGAAGUUUCUCUCAGAUUGCAAGGUUGUGGAGUGCAAGGGCGAUCUUUUACUCUCAAGAUAAAGAAGAAGAGAAGUGAUGCAGGAGAGCCAGUGAAAUAUAUGGGCUGUGGAGACUGCCAGAAUCUUAGCCAUACAAUAACGAUACCUAUGGCCACAGAUGAUGCAGAUGUGCUUCACAGGUUGGCUACCCAGCUCUUUGCUCAUUUUCACGUUGAUGUUGAAGAUAUUCGAGGCAUGGGUUUGCAGGCCUCAAAACUUGAAGGUGCUGAUGAUAACAAAAUAGGUUGCAAAGGAAAUUCCAUCCUUUCUUGGCUUGUGUCUGGAUCAGCUAAGGUCAAUGCUAAUAAUGAAAUUGGCCUCUCCAACACUAGCAAGCCAUGCAAUCUUGAUGCACUUUCAGAUAAUCAGAGGCUGAGUCAUGGGAAAGUUUCAUGGCAGCCACACUCCAAUAUAACAGGAUCUUCUAUUAGAACUGAUUCUAGCCUGUCACACUCUGAAACUGGUGUUUCCAAGAACGCAAACCUUCCUUGUCUUCCAGAUCUUGAUAUGACUGUGAUAGAUGCUCUUCCUCCUGAAGUGGUUUCAGAAAUUAAUCAGAUGUAUGGUGGUAUGUUAUAUGAGUUCAUUUCAGAAAAUAAAAGCAAAACAGAGAGAACAGAAAUGGUCUUCACUGCAACAAGUAAAGAUGCAGGUUUCACAGUUCAGGAAACAGAACGGUCGCCUGCUCAUAUUGUUCAAUCAAAUAAAUUAAGGACUAACGAGCAUGGUGAUGAAGCAAAUGUUGUUCAUGACGCUGCUUCGUCUUGUCCAAGAAAUCUAAUGCCAUCAUCCCUAAGUCAAGUCGAUUGCUUAGUGUUACAACAACUGCCUGAUGAAUUGAAAAAGGACAUUAUUAAACUUCUUCCGCAGCACAGAGAAGCGGAAUUUGUUAGAGAUGUAUCUGCUACUGGAAUUGAUAAACAAAUUGAUUCUGAAGCUUCCACAUCAAAUAAGCUUUGGAUUGGAAGCCCUCCAAUGUGGGUUGAGAAGUUUAGAAUCAGUACCUGCAAAGUGUUAAAUAGGUGUGCAAUGAUUUACGAGUCUGGAUCUUGUAGUUGUUUGUCCUCUCUACUGCAGCGUCUGAUGUCUCGGACAUUGAUAACCAUAGAGGGAGCUGAUGGAUAUAAUGUUGCGGUCAGUUGGUUGUGUGACCUUAUCAAGCAAUACAUAGAUCUCAAAAUUGCAACAAAUAUUGAGGAGGUUUCUUGCUGUAUCUGCCUUUUGAAAAGGUUAACUUUAAAGUCGAACAUAUUCUUAGAAGUUUACAACAUCAUUCUUCCUCACGUGCAGGCUUCGGUGGGUGAGAAAUAUGGCGGAACCCUUUGCAUUCCAUUUGUGUCGACUUAGUGUGUUAUAGAUCUGGUAUCAUCAUCGCAUUGGCUGCAGUGAAUAACGGGCUACCUUGUUGGUAACAGGCCUUGCUGAUUCGGGGAUCUAUUUUCACAUAACUUUUACAAGGUCUCAAUAAGAAAGAGGUAUCAGAAGUGGAUGUUUAUGUUCUUGAUGACACAUGCAAAAAACAUAACCAUGGUCUGGUAAAUUAAUGUGGCCGUCGUGUAAAUAAAAUUUUGUUCGAAGUUAAAUCUAAAUUUAGUAUAGCCUAAUCCAUGUUCUUGUCA